GGGGCGUGCCUGGGUGGGGGACCCGCUGCGGGAGCGCCGAGCUCCCUCUGAGUUCUUACUUCGAAGGCUGUGCUCCGCUCACCAUCCAGAGCGGAGGUGCGGACCUUAAACUCACUCCUGGAGAAAGAUCAGCAAGUGCUCAGAGAGAAGACUGGCAGUGGAGCAUGCAUCUGGAGGGCAGAGACGGCAGGCGGUACCCUGGCGCGCCGGCGGUGGAGCUCCUGCAGACGUCCGUGCCCACCGGACUCGCUGAACUUGCGGCCGGCAAGCGCAGGCUUCCUCGGGGAGCCGGUGGGGCUGACCCCUCGCACUCCUGCCCCAGGGGGGCUGCCGGGCAGAGCUCCUGUGCUCCUGCAGGCCAGGAGUUUGCUUCAUUCCUCACAAAAGGGAGGUCUCACUCUUCUUUGCCCCAGAUGUCCAGCUCCAGGUCUAAAGAUUCCUGCUUUACAGAAAACACUCCUUUGCUGAGGAAUUCCUUACAGGAGAAAGGGUCACGGUGCAUACCUGUUUACCAUCCAGAGUUCAUCACUGCUGAAGAGUCUUGGGAAGACAGCUCUGCUGACUGGGAGCGAAGAUACCUGCUAAGCAGGGAGGUGUCUGGUCUGUCUGCAUCUGCCUCCUCCGAGAAGGGAGACCUUCUGGACAGCCCGCACAUCCGACUCCGUCUUUCCAAGCUGAGGCGCUGUGUGCAGUGGCUGAAAGUCACGGGCCUGUUUGUCUUUGUGGUGCUGUGUUCUAUUUUGUUCAGCCUAUAUCCGGAUCAAGGAAAGCUCUGGCAGCUGUUGGCCUUAUCACCGCUGGAGAACUACUCCGUGAACCUUAGCAGCCACGUGGACUCCACGCUGCUGCAGGUGGACCUGGCAGGGGCCCUAGUGGCCAGCGGGCCGAGUCGUCCUGGGAGGGAAGAGCACAUCGUGGUGGAGCUGACCCAGGCUGACGCUUUGGGCUCCAGGUGGCGGCGGCCACAGCAGGUCACUCACAACUGGACGGUGUAUUUAAAUCCGAGGAGAAGCGAGCACUCAGUGAUGAGCAGGACCUUUGAGGUACUGACCAGAGAGACGGUGUCCAUCAGCAUCCGGGCCUCCCUCCAGCAGACCCAGGCUGUCCCUCUUUUGAUGGCUCAUCAGUACCUCCGCGGAAGUGUAGAAGCCCAGGUGACCAUCGCGACGGCCAUCCUCGCGGGCGUCUACGCGCUAAUCAUAUUUGAGAUCGUGCACAGAACUCUGGCGGCCAUGCUGGGUUCCCUUGCAGCACUGGCAGCACUGGCUGUGAUUGGCGAUAGACCCAGCCUGACCCAUGUGGUGGAGUGGAUUGAUUUUGAGACCCUGGCCCUGCUGUUUGGCAUGAUGAUCUUAGUAGCCAUAUUUUCAGAAACGGGAUUUUUCGAUUAUUGUGCUGUAAAGGCAUACCGGCUCUCCCGGGGACGGGUGUGGGCCAUGAUCAUCAUGCUCUGUCUCAUCGCGGCCGUCCUCUCUGCCUUCUUGGACAACGUCACCACCAUGCUCCUCUUCACGCCUGUGACCAUAAGGUUGUGUGAGGUGCUCAACCUUGAUCCAAGACAAGUCCUGAUUGCAGAAGUGAUCUUCACAAACAUUGGAGGAGCUGCCACUGCCAUCGGGGACCCUCCAAAUGUCAUUAUUGUUUCCAACCAAGAGCUGAGGAAGAUGGGCCUGGACUUUGCCGGAUUCACUGCACACAUGUUCAUUGGGAUUUGCCUUGUUCUCCUGGUCUGCUUUCCGCUCCUCAGACUCCUUUACUGGAACAGAAAGCUUUAUAACAAGGAACCCAGUGAGAUUGUUGAACUGAAGCACGAGAUUCAUGUCUGGCGCCUGACUGCUCAGCGCAUCAGCCCGGCCAGCCGCGAGGAGACGGCUGUGCGCCGUCUGCUGCUGGGGAAGGUGUUGGCACUGGAGCACCUGCUCGCCCGGAGGCUGCACACAUUCCACAGACAGAUCUCACAAGAGGACAAAAAUUGGGAGACCAAUAUCCAGGAACUCCAAAAAAAGCAUAGGAUAUCGGACAGGAUUCUGCUCGCCAAAUGCCUGACAGUGUUGGGAUUUGUUAUCUUCAUGUUUUUCCUCAAUUCGUUUGUCCCUGGCAUUCAUCUUGAUCUUGGAUGGAUUGCUAUUCUGGGUGCCAUCUGGUUGCUAAUUUUAGCUGAUAUUCAUGAUUUUGAGAUAAUUCUACACAGAGUGGAAUGGGCAACCCUUCUGUUUUUUGCAGCGCUCUUUGUUCUGAUGGAGGCAUUGGCACAUCUCCACUUAAUAGAAUAUGUUGGAGAACAAACUGCUUUGCUAAUAAAGAUGGUCCCAGAGGAGCAGCGCCUCACAGCCGCCAUUGUCCUGGUGGUGUGGGUCUCAGCCCUGGCGUCGUCCCUGAUUGACAACAUCCCGUUCACUGCUACCAUGAUUCCCGUGCUCCUGAACCUGAGCCAUGACCCUGAAGUUGGCCUGCCCGCACCGCCGCUCAUGUAUGCCCUGGCCUUCGGUGCCUGCCUGGGAGGUAACGGGACACUGAUUGGCGCGUCGGCAAAUGUCGUGUGUGCAGGGAUUGCAGAACAGCAUGGAUAUGGGUUCUCCUUCAUGGAAUUUUUCAGGCUGGGCUUCCCAAUGAUGGUUGUGUCCUGCACUGUUGGGAUGUGUUAUCUCCUUGUGGCUCAUGUGGUGGUGGGAUGGAAUUAAUAGACAUCCAUCUAUUGCUCGAAGACUAAAGGAAACUUCAUCCAUCACAACCCAUCAGUCAUAAAACUACCCUGACCCCACUGUUUGAAGAAGAAAAGGUGCUUACCCUGGAGAUGCUACAGAGACACAGUGGAAUAGACCUUGACACUAACACUCUAAUUCAAGCGAAUGUUGGAACACCAUGACCUCCUCUGUGUGUCCUUUCUCCCCAAGGACAAAAUGUAGAAAGAUGUGAGAUAACUUACUCAAGAUUCCCCUCCAGAAAAAUACAUAUGUUUCAAAACCCUUCCUGGUAUACAUAGGAAAAGACACACAUCCACCUAAAAUUGACUGUACUGUUUAACUGUCAAUUCUCCUGAGGCUAAACACAGUUUGUUUUUCUUGUAAUCACUUUUCAUGUUAAAAUAAUCAGCAUUCAAAUUGUAUGCUUUCUGAAUAUAGACUUUCUGGGAAAAGGUUUACUGCUCGUAAGGAAGCAUUUUAUGUAUUAAAAUAAACUGUUCCUUGAUAAAA